AUGCAAAAUGCACCUGUGGUGUCUGCUUCCCUGCUCAGGGCUUACUUUAAGUCGAAGUUGGAAGACAGGAAGAGCCAGUUCAAGGUCUCUGCAAAAGGUCAGAAGAUGGCUGCCUCCUUCAAAGAGGGAUCUGCAGAACUGCACGAAAGCAUCACUAAUUUCUUAGGGACACGUGAGUUUCUUUUACUGGAUGCUCGGUUCCACAUCAAGUCCAAAGUAGAGGAAAUUGUCAUGGUUUUGAUGCCGUGGCGAGCAUUGGUGGUGAUGGCAAAGCUUCCACUCAAGGUCCAAGUUAGCUUCAGCUUCCUAGCUGUACAGUUGAUCAAACUGAGAGAAGCUAAAAAGGUUGUCAUAGAAACGGAUACUUCUUCCUUCGAGCUUGACUUCCUGUCAUCAGACGAUCUGGAACAUGCGGUCAGCCACAUGAUCACAUCACUCAAAAAGGUUUUUCCAGGAUCCUCACCUGGAGAUCUCCUCCAGAACGCCCCUCCCAGCUUGCUUGCGAGAAUUCAAGGGACGACCGAUUCCUUGGAAGAAGCAUGGAAAGAAAGUCCUUGCGGUGGAUUUUCUGAGACCUACGCUGCCCUCUGCGAUUACAGUGGGCUUUCUAUCCGAGAGGAAGUCCAAUGGGAUGUGGAUAAUAUUUAUCGUGCCCAGGGAUGCAGAGAAUUCAACCUGUUGGAUUUCAACCACCUGCCCAGCCAAGAUAUUGCCCUUUGUGUGGCCAGCUUAUCGUUCAAUCAAUGGUUUACAAAGCUACAUUGCAAAGACUUCAAACUGAAUCAGGUUAUUUUGGAGGAGAUCCUUCUGGCCCUAAGAAAAUCGGUCACUUUGGAAGAAUUGGAACUGGAAAACUGUGGCUUAAAAUGUGACUUUGCUCAGCAGAUGGCCCUUGUCCUUCAAGAAUAUCCAGACUGUGCUUUAAACAGCCUUAAUCUCUCUAGAAACCUCCUGGAGGACCGAGGUAUAAUUGCUCUAAGUCAGAUCUUCGAUCAAGGGAACAAGGGUUUCCGGUCCCUGAACAUCGCAAGGACUUCUGUCACUCAGAAAGGAAUGAUGGCCUUAUGUCAAUCCUUCGUCAACAAUGGACAAUUCAGAACCAGCCUAUCCCAUCUGGACCUCUCUGGAAAUCCAGGAAGUUUGUUGGCUGAAGGUGGAAAUGGUUUGUUUUCCUUCCUGAGUCAGCCAAAUGCUCUGGGUCAUCUUGAUCUCUCUGGGUCAGACUGUGCCCUGGAUAUGCUCUUUGGUGCCUUGGCUGGUGGAUGUUGUGUAAACCUGACUCAUCUGAAUGUCUGCAAGAACGUUUACUCUCACAAAAAAUCCAGAGGUGAUCCUUUUGCAAUCGGCCAGUUCUUCAGCCAGGCCUCUGCCCUACAAGAGGUUUCCAUGUCUGGAACCAAGCUUCCUCCAGAGGCUUUAAGAGCUUUGCUUCAGGCUUUAGCCAACAACACCCAACUGGAGAACCUGCACCUGGACCUCAGUAGCUGUGAGCUGAGAUCAGCAGGAGCCCAAGUGAUCCAGGAUCUGAUAUCAGAUGCCAGUUCAAUCCGUGACUUGAAUUUGUCAGACAACGGCUUUGAUUCUGACAUGGUGACUCUGGUUUUGAGCCUCAACCGAAGCAAAUCCAUUAAACAUGUCGCGUUAGGGAAGAACUUUAACAUCCAAUCUAGAGAGACCCUAGUUGACACCUUGCACCGGAUUGUUCAACUCACUCAGGAUGAAGAUUGUUCAAUUGAAUCUGUAUCAGUGGCCGAAUCGCGCCUGAAGCUGAGAACUGGCAUUCUCUUUCAUGGUUUAGGAAGCAGCAGCCAUCUUGUGGCCUUGGAUAUCAGCGGAAAUGCCAUGGGAGACCUGGGUGCCAAAAUACUGGCCAAAACUUUGUCGGUGAAUAAAACUCUCAGGACUCUAAUGUGGGACAGAAACAACACAACCGUAUAUGGAUUUCUUGAUGUGAUUUCAGCUUUGGAAAGGAAUUUCAUCCUCACGAAAAUGCCUUUGCCCAUGAACGACAUUGCUGUGGCUUACCGGAGUCAUCCAGAGAAAAUGGAGGAAAUUGUGCACCAGAUACAGUCUUACCUUGCAAGAAAUCAGAUUCAAGCGAACCUGCCUAAGGAGACAAGCCAGCUCCAGAUAGACAGUCAAGCCAACUCUUCUGAACAGGCAGUGAAACAUGCUUGCCAGACUGUGCAGAGGUACAUUGGGCUGCUGAGCUGUGUUCAGGAUUUGGAAGUUAAGGCUGAUCUGCUUUGGGCUGAGGAAGCCAACAAGGAUGCAACCCUCUUCAUGGAUAUUUUGCCCAUUUUGUACGAGGCAGGAGGAAGGCCUUCCUACCAGAACUGCAAACUUCAGCACAAACUGGAAAAACUAAUUGAGGAAGUUUCUCAGACUUACAGCAAGGAAAUCCAGGCUGUUGUGCAGUCCCAGUUGGAUGCUAUGCAGAGUUUGCACCCUCAAAUUUUGCAGAAAACAGAUAUCUUGAAGCAAUUAUUCUGCAAUGCAUCAGAGACAACCUUCCUGGACCAGUUGCUGACCGAAGUGUAUGACGAGGUCAUGAAAAUCCAACGAUCAAUUACGGAGGCCAUGACCGAUAUUAUCACUGAGAAGACGUUGGAAGAGUUAACCACCAUUCAAGACAGGCUGGUGGCUGCCCAAUGGAGACAUUCUUGCUCUCUGGGUCUUCUGCCAACACCGAGUUUAAAUGGUCUGUCAGAACGGGCGCUGAAGGUAGGAGCCGACGAGAACAAGAUUGGGAGUCCCCAGCCUGAGCUGUCACUCAGCCGUGCCUCCGCGAAGUCACGCCCUGCUUCCACAAAGGAUGCUAAGCUUGGGAGCGGGCUGCUGCCUCGCACAGAGCCUGCAUCCGCAGCAUCCCUUAUGGACCUGCCGACUGCAGGGGAGAAAUUGGAGCAUUACACCCGAGACAGGCCCAGGCCGAACCGAAGGAACAGGCAGCCUCCCAGCAAGUCGAAUGUCCAGCCGCCUGUGCGUGAGAAUACAGAAGACAGAAGCAUUGCCAGGCUGGAUGAAGGCUUAGAUGAAUUCUUCACCAAGACGGUGAUUCAUGAAUAUUUACUUCCUACUUCCUUGGAAACCUCUCCAACAGCUGCCGCAUCACCAUCUUCUGGUUCUCGGACCUUGAAAAAGAAAAUCGGACACUUCUUUGCCUUCAAGAAGCCAAGGUCAAGUCGAGGGACCAAGUCCGAGAAAGACUCUGAGGGGAGCCCCUCACCAGCAAGAGGCAGGAAGUUGAUGCUCAGUGACAUUUUAAGGACCCCUAGCAAAGCCAACGACUCGGCCAAAGCGCUAAGCAAAUCUGAGGAAGGGGGGCUGGCUGGGGAGAACAGAGGCUACCUGGACCAAAGCCAGACACCAGAUAGUGCUCGUAGGGCCAGGCCAAAGUAUUCCAGAGAAGGGAAGUCUCAGUCUUUGAUACUCUUGUCAGGAGAAGAGACAGAGGGACUUGGUGUGAGGCAUGAGAAGAAGCGAUCCUUUGAGAAGAGCGAUGGUGAGCUGCCCAGUUCCUUUGAACAACGUGUCCAUGUCAUGUUGCAUCGGAUUGGGGUCACCAAGGUGUUGUCUUCUGAAGGCAAAAAGAAACAGAGCAAAGAUGGAGAAAUCAAAAAGGCCGGAUCUGAUGGGGAUAUUGUAGAUUGUUCGUCAGAGUCUCCUCCAUGCUCUCUGAAAUCACGAACCCACUCCAUAUCCACAGAUCCUUCCGUACGCACAGGAUCUGUGGAUCCCGUUGGCCGAGCAGGCACGGAGCCAAGCGGUGGAUCCUUUGAGGGCCGACUUUCGUGGAAGGUUCUUGGGAAGCAGCUGAACGCCGAGUUUAAGGGCAAGUGUUCGGAACUCAGCCCUUCGCCAAGAAGAGGUUUUGCCGGUCAGGAGCCAGCCGGGCUCCGGGAGCAAAAAGGGAGAGAGGGCUGGAGCAGCAGUUUGCCCAGGACUGGGAGAAGCACGGCUGCUCCUCUUCUGCUCAGGAGGACCAGCAAUGCGGGCGAAGGACGGGCGUCUGUCGAACUGCAGAAUUCCUUCGCCCACUUGAACACGGUUGCUGGAGACAAUCAGUUCAAACCCAAACCUCGCCUAAAGCCAGCGGUCAACCGAAGGGCCAUGUCUGUUCAUGAAGAGCAGCUCAGGGACCAGGCUUGUGCGGCCGAGCUUCACCAUGCAAAAUUCCCUCUUUCUUUGCAACGCUCCCCGAUUCUGAAAUGGAAGACUAAGCCCAAGUUGCUUUUGGAGACUGGACCGUCUGCACCCUCGGAUUCUCUAGGCCCUCCCCCGCAAGAACAGAAUGUGGUUGCCUCCGACUCAAGAGCAGAAACAGAAGAAGAGUUGCCCCAGGCUACAGAACAAACUCUAAAGAAUGCACAAAAUACAGCGCUAGACCAAAGAACUGCUGUGCCCCUCUCCAAGUCUCCAAUACAUGAGCAUUGAAUGAUUUCUGCAUGAUGGCCGCUCCGUUGAAGGACAGAGGGAAGGCUUACGGUUUGAAGCAACAGCCAGCGGUGAGGGUGCGAAGAGUUCUUUGGUACAAGGAUGAGCAAGGGACCUGCCCUCCCAUAGCUCCUUGGCUGGAAGAACUGGGAUUUCCAGUGAUGGAUAGUGGCAUCUUAAUCUCCUGCACGUCUUUUCUGGAUCGCCUCGUUUCAUCUUUCAUCCUUGUACACGCUCAUCAAAGUGCCCAGUAUUCUAAUGGUUUGUGUGAGGAAAGCCAAAAUCUCCAGUCUGCCGGAAACUGGCCUUUUCCAGCAGACGUUGUACAGUUGGUACCAGAUGUGACAAAUGUUAUAGUGCCAGAAACUCAGAACCACCAGCAGGCGGGAUGGGGGUUGUUUUACAUACACUAAACUUGCUUGCCUUGCAUUGUAUGUUUUGGAAGUUUGAGAGUAGGCUAGUUUGUGGUUUGUAGGGGAGUUAAAAGCAGGCACUCGGUUAAUCCAGGUACAUGUCUCUCGUAACAAACUUACUCCGCUACCAUCCUAUACCCCAUUUGCCCUUA